AUGGGGGCCCCGGGCAAUAGGGGAUCAUGGGGCCCCUGUGUCCUUGCCAAAACUCAAAAAAGCCUAUGAAAAAGGUACCAGGGGCAUCUCAUGGGUCCCCCUACUGACCCGGGGCCCUCGGGCAGUGCUCGAGUUUCCAAAUGGUCAGUCCGCCCCUGGGUUUGUCCCCUUACGGUGACAAUUACAGGGGCGGACUGACAACUCAUGGGGCCCCCGGGCCAUAGGAGAUCAUGGGGCCCCUGUUUCCUUGUCCAAACUCAAAAAAGCCUAUGCAAAAGGUACCAGGGGCAUCUCAUGGGGCCCCCUACUGACCCCGGGCCCUCGGGCAGUGCCCGAGUUUCAAAUGGUCAGUCCCCUCUG